UAUUGCCCUCUCAGUGGUACUGGACUGGCAUGAUUGAACUCUGUGGUGUAGAGUAUAAAACAGACUCACAACACCUAUUGGCAUCGUGUGUCAAGCACUGGCCAACAUGUCUUCACCAAAACUGAUUCUUCUCGUUACACUCGUGGGCUUGAGCAGUGUUCAUUCCAUUCCAACGCCGUGUCGAAGCCCGUGGAGACCUGGCCGUUGUCAGUGUCCCGCCCCCUGGGUGCCAUCGGGUUUGUCCUGCUACACUUACAUCGAGCAUCCUCUGCCCUGGAUAGAUGCUGCAAGUCUCUGCAAGUUACUUGGUGCUAAUCUUGUCGAAAUCAACUCGGCGGCAGAGAACAUGUUUGUCAACAACAUUUACAAGAGCAGAAACGUCGACAAUGGCUGGCUGGGUAUCAAUGACAUCCAGCAAAAUGGCCGCUGGGUGCUGACGUCAACCGGAAGACCCCUACCUUACAGCAACUGGGCCCCUGGGGAGCCCAACAACUACGCGGGUAAACAGGGCUGUGCCCUCAUGUACAGAAACGGACAGUGGGACGACAACUCCUGCCUCAUCUCGACUGCCUUCACCUUCGUCUGCGAAAGAAGGGUGCGGUUGUAAGUGAAGACAGCCUCAGAUGAAAAGAGAAGACAUCGCUGUGACUUCUGGCAACGGACAAUACGAAUGCGACACUUCAUGACACAAAAGAAAUUGUCAUCCCAUGAUGACACUUGAAUAAAACAUUUUUUAUCAUAAA